AGAAAGAAAGAGCAGCAACGGAGAAAAACAGAUAAGAAAAAAAAGAGUAAAACCGAGAGAAGGAAGAAGAGAGAAAAAGAGAGGUGCAGCCUGGUUUUGUGCUCCGACCGACGACCAAACGAGCUUCGAUCAGGAUGAAAUUUUAGUAUGUUGUUCCUGAUAUCCUCUUUUUCAUAUCCAACAGUGGGAUUGUUGUUUUGACCUCUCGAUGUCGGAUGACCUUAUUUACGGGCUCCUCCAUUCGAUGACCUAAGUGCAUAACCUUAUUCUUCUGGUUUUCGCAAGUAUCGCAGCCGCGCUCCUCUAGUCUUCACAUUCCGCAGACUCGCACACUCUGAGAGCCGGAUUAUGAAUCCCCAUCAUCCCGCAUCUCGCAGAAGCUAGACGUCGCCUCUCUUGUUCGCAUCUCACAUCUCCUGUCUUCGUCUGAAAUUAAAAUCGCACGCAGACUCCUCUUGUCCGGCAACCUUCGCUCCAACCGGCGACAUCCGUUCUAGCGAGGGACUUUAGCCGUCUACCCCGAGUUUGGGUUGGGUUUUGGUUUAUAAGUCGGGUUGCGACUGUUCGGGUUCUGGCCAAAAAAUUUCCCAAAAUCUUUUCGGGUCGGUUUAGGGUGUACUCAGAUCCGAACCGAGCCCGACCCGUUUCCAGCCUUAGCUGCCACCGUCCACAUUGUAUUGCCUCCCAGUUACGGUCAAAGAUUCUGGGCAUGGAUGAUGUAUGUGAAGGUAAAGAUUUCUCCUUCCCCAAACAAGAGGAGAAAAUUCUUCAGUUGUGGGAUCAAAUUAAGGCGUUUGCGACCCAGCUAGAGCGGACUAAGGAUAUGCCAGAGUACAUCUUUUACGAUGGCCCACCUUUUGCAACAGGUCUACCGCAUUACGGCCAUAUACUAGCCGGGACAAUCAAGGACAUUGUCACACGGUACCAAUCCAUGGCAGGUUACCAUGUUACAAGACGGUUUGGAUGGGACUGCCACGGGCUACCCGUCGAGCAUGAGAUUGAUCAGAAGCUUGGAAUUAAGAGCCGUGAAGAUGUGAUUAAGAUGGGCAUUGACAAGUAUAAUGAGGAAUGCCGGGCAAUUGUAACACGGUAUGUUACGGAGUGGGAGGAGACUGUGGUCAGGACGGGUCGCUGGAUUGAUUUCAAAAAUGGUUACAAGACUAUGGACUUGAGCUUUAUGGAGAGCGUGUGGUGGGUUUUUGCACAGUUGUUUGAAAAGGGCCUCAUAUAUAAAGGCUUCAAGGUCAUGCCAUAUAGCACAGGUUGCAAAACUCCUUUAUCCAAUUUUGAAGCAAAUUCAAGUUACAAGGAAGUUCCUGAUCCUGAAAUCAUGGUAUCUUUCCCCAUACUUGAUGAUCUAGAUGGUGCAUCUCUUGUUGCUUGGACAACCACGCCGUGGACUCUGCCUAGCAACCUUGCUCUAUGUGUGAAUUCUAAUUUUUUGUAUCUUAAGGUUCGUAACAAAUUCGAUGGGAGGAUCUAUGUGGUUGCAGAAUCAAGGUUAUCUGAGCUUCCCCUAGAAAAAGCAAAAAAAGGAACUUCCAAUGGUGCUGUUGAUGAUACCCGGAACUCAAAUUCCAAGCCCAAGCCUUCCAGUGGUAAAGCAAAGAAUUUAGACACCUAUGAGAUCUUGGACAAGAUCUCUGGAGCUUCACUCAUUGGAAAGAAGUAUGUACCAUUGUUUGAUUACUUUAAGGAGUUCUCUGAUGUUGCAUUCAGAGUUAUCGCCGAUGACUAUGUCACUGCUGAUAGCGGUACUGGCAUUGUUCACUGUGCUCCUGCAUUUGGUGAAGAUGAUUAUCGCGUUUGCAUUGAACAUCAGAUAAUUGUCAAGGGGGAGAACCUAAUUGUAGCUGUUGAUGAGGAUGGUUGUUUUACUGAGAGGAUAGCCGACUUUGCUCAUCGUUAUGUUAAGGAUGCGGACAAGGAUAUUAUUCAAGCUGUUAAGGAGAAGGGAAGGCUCGUAAAAUCUGGAAACUUUACACAUUCUUACCCGUUUUGUUGGAGAUCUGACACACCUCUCAUUUACAGAGCAGUUCCCAGCUGGUUUGUUUCUGUAGAGAAGAUAAAGGAUCAGUUGCUAAAGAACAAUAAAGAAACAUACUGGGUUCCUGAUUUUGUUAAGGACAAGCGAUUUCAUAAUUGGCUGGAAAAUGCACGGGACUGGGCUGUUAGUCGAAGUAGGUUUUGGGGAACUCCACUUCCGGUAUGGGUUAGCGAGGACGGUGAGGAAAUUGUUGUUAUGGAUUCCAUUGAAAAGCUGGAAAAACUUUCUGGUGAAAAGGUGACAGACUUGCAUCGUCAUAAGAUUGAUCAUAUUACCAUUCCCUCCAGUCGUGGGCAUGAUUUUGGUGUGCUUCGUCGUGUGGAGGAUGUGUUUGAUUGCUGGUUUGAAAGUGGAUCCAUGCCUUAUGCAUAUAUUCAUUAUCCAUUCGAAAAUGUUAAACUCUUUGAGAAUAACUUUCCAGGGCAUUUUGUUGCGGAGGGGCUUGACCAAACUCGUGGAUGGUUUUAUACCCUCAUGGUAUUGUCUACAGCACUAUUUGGAAAACCCGCUUUUAGAAAUCUCAUUUGCAAUGGACUUGUACUGGCCGAGGAUGGAAAGAAGAUGAGUAAAAGACUGAAGAAUUAUCCGCAACCUAAAGAAGUUAUCAAUGAUUAUGGUGCUGAUGCCUUGCGAUUAUACCUGAUUAACUCUCCAGUUGUUCGUGCUGAGCCCUUGCGGUUCAAAAAAGACGGAGUGUAUGGGGUGGUUAAAGAUGUUUUUCUGCCAUGGUACAAUGCAUAUAGGUUCCUUGUCCAGAAUGCAAAAAGAUUUGAAGUUGAUGGACUUGGGGCAUUUGUUCCUAUUGAUAAGAAAACUCUUCAAUCUUCCUCCAAUGUUCUUGAUCAAUGGAUCAACUCGGCCACUGAGAGUUUAGUACAUUUUGUUCGAGGAGAAAUGAAUGCAUACAGACUGUACACGGUGGUUCCUUAUCUGUUGAAAUUUCUUGAUAACUUGACAAAUAUUUAUGUGCGGUUCAAUCGUAAGAGGCUUAAAGGUCGUACAGGCGAAGACGAUUGCAGAACUGCUCUGUCUACACUUUACCAUGUGCUCUUGACUUCUUGCAAAGCAAUGGCCCCAUUCACACCCUUUUUUACUGAGGUUCUGUACCAAAAUUUAAGAAAAGUUCUCAAUUCAUCAGAUGACAGUAUUCAUUAUUGCAGUUUUCCUGAAGUAGAAGGGAAGAGAUGGGAACGCAUUGAACGAAGUGUUACUCGAAUGAUGACAGUCAUUGAUCUUGCCCGUAAUAUUCGGGAGCGCCGCAACAAACCUCUAAAAACACCACUCAGGAACAUGGUGGUUGUACAUUCCGAUCAAGACUUUCUUCAAGAUAUUAAGGACAGACUAAAAGAGUUUGUAUUAGAGGAACUCAAUGUUCAAUCAUUGGAGACAUGCAGUAAUACUUUGGAGUAUGCAUCUUUACGCGCUGAACCUGAUUUCAGUGUGUUAGGGAAAAGACUUGGAAAGUCAAUGGGAGAAGUCACCAAGGUUGUCAAGGCAAUGACAACAGAAGAUAUUAUAGCUUUUGAGAAGGCUGGUGAAAUUAUCAUCGCAUCGCACACUUUAAAGCCUAGUGAUAUUAAGAUUAUCAGUGGAUUUAAGCGCCCCCAUAAUCGAACAGAGAACGAGAUAGAUGCAGCUGGAGAUGGUGAUGUUUUGGUGGUAUUAGAUUUGGUGAUUGAUGAGUCACAACUCCGGACUGGUGCUGCUCGCGAAAUUGUUAAUAGAGUCCAGAAGUUGAAAAAGAAAUCUGCACUUGAGCCUACUGACGCAGUUCAUGUCUACUUCAGAGCUCUUGAUAUUGAUAACUCAGUUUCUCAACAGGUUUUGGAGACACAGGAAGUAUACAUUACCGAGGCCAUUGGAUCUCCUCUGCUUCCUGCUGACUCGAUGCCACCAAGUGCUGAGAUUAUCGGGGAAGAGAGUUUUGAUGGAGUUUCAGACCUCAAACUCUCAUUCAAAAUUACCUUAGCAAGACCUUAAGAGCAAACACCCAGCUCUUGUGUUUCUCUCUGUCCUGGCUCGUCAUCUUUGUCAUGUACCGACUCUAUUGUUUUUUUGUUCUGUAUUUUUCAACAAAUCUUAUUCUUCAUUUGAUGAUAGUUUAGAGUCUUAGACUACGUCCAUGCUCCAUAGUCAUUAUGGGUUCAAAAAUAAUUUUGAGGAAAAUUUCAUGCUCGUAAGGAUUCUAUUGUUGAUAGUGCAGGAAUGCACUAUUCAUCUUCAUAUUAUUACUUUUUCUCUAUUGAUUCCCUUUAAUUAUCCACUUGGAAGUAAUUUU